AUGGCAACAACGCCAAAUUAUACGGCGCAGAUUCUUCUGCUACAACAAGAAAUGGAUCAAAUGAAAUCUGAUUUCUCUGAAAACGAUAAUGCAUUUUUCCUAUGUUCAAUGGCUCUAAUUAUUUUUUGUAAGUUUUUGAACCAUUUUUUGUAUUUCUAACAUGAAAAAAUACAGUUUAUUUUUUCAGUAAUGCAAUGUGGUUUUGCUUUUCUAGAAGCUGGCGCAGUUCGAAGUAAAAACACAACAAAUAUUCUUAUCAAAAAUCUAUUAGAUUCAUGUAAGAAAUCAAAUUUCAGAGAACACUUUUUAUAUAACGUUUCUAGGUAUUGCAAUUAUUGGUUAUUGGGCUCUUGGAUGGGCACUUGCUUUUGGAGAUUGUCCAAAUGAUGUGAUAGGCCUGUUUAUGGGUUAUUCACAAUUUUUCUUGGCAAAUUUCGUAAAUUAUCCGAAGUAAGUUUCUCAAAAUGUUCUUUUCUUUUGAAAAAAAAAAAAAAAAUUGUUAUUCAAAAAAAACAUAGAUUUAUUUUUGGUAUGUGUAGUCAUUCUAGUGUACAAUCGGAGUUCAUUAAUGAAUAAUAGCGGCAGAUGAAUUGUUGAACCCUUGGAUUAUUUCAUUUUUGAUGUUUCAAAAAUAAGUGCGAGGUGGAAUGUUGCAAUACUGAUAAACAAAUUUGUUAUAUGUUUUAUUACCUCAUAAAAUUACGAGUACUUUCUCACUUUCAGGACAAAUAAUUUCAUAGAGACACAGAAAUACAGGUUGAUAUUUCAGAUUCUUUUUCCAAUAUGUUUUUGCUGCAACAUCAGCAACAAUUGUUUCGGGAGCUGUUGCAGAAAGAUGUGAAUUUGCAAAUUAUAUUACUUAUUGUUCAGUUAUUUCAAGUUAGUACAUGAUAGAGAAAAAAACGAAACAAUGAAAUUAAAUGAACACUUUUUCCAGCAAUCGUUUAUCCAAUUUUAACUCAUUGGGGAUGGCAUCCAAAAGGUUGGAUGAGUCUUGGAAUCUCUGCUGGAUUUAUAAAAACAACAUAUGAUGAUUUUGCCGGGUCUGGUGUUGUUCAUCUUUGUGGUGGUUCGAUUUCCCUUUUGGCUGCUUGGAUUAUUGGUCCAAGAAUCGGAAAAUUUGUUGAAGACGAAGAUGAAGAAUCCGAUGAGAUUCUUGGGCAUUCAGUUCCAUUUGCUGCUUUAGGUGGAUUUAUUUUGAUGUUUGGAUUCCUCGCGUUCAAUGGUGGAAGUAUGGCAGAUAUUGUGAAACCUGGAGAAGGUCAUAUUGUUGCGCUUGCUAUGGUAAAUACAAUUUUAUCUGGUGCAUUUGCUGCUCUCACAUUCCUUGUUAUUCAUUUUCUCUAUCACGGAAAAUGGACACUUCUUCUAACAAUCAACGCUUGUCUAACUGGAAUGGUUGCAUCUUGCGCAGGUUGUAAUAAAAUGGAGCCAUGGGCUUGUACCUGGGUUGGAAUUGGUGCUGGUUUGAUCUAUAUGGGCUUGAGUAAAUGGGCUCUUAAAAUGAAAAUUGAUGAUCCACUUGACGCGUUUGCUGUGCACGCAGGAGGUGGUUUCUGGGGUUUGACUUCUGUUGCAGUUAUUGGACACAAUGGUGUUGUUUAUGCUAUCGCAAGUGCAAUUGGUGGAGCUUCUGAUGGAGGGAAUCAAAUUGCUCAAGCUUUUGCACAACUUGGAUGGCAAUGGGUUUGUGCUCUUGCAAUUAUCACCUGGUCUUAUUUAUGGAUGUUGCCAAUUUUCGCAUUUUUGAAGAAAAUUGGAAAACUUAGGGUUCCGGAAGAAGUUGAAAUCAACGGGUUAGAUAUUUUCAAACACGGAGAAUCUGCAUAUCCAUUGCACGCCUAUGGACACGGAUGGCAUGAUUUUGAAAAGGUACAGUACUCAUUUUUGCCCUUCUCAUUUACAUGAUCUCAAAUCGUUCCCACGGUACAACCCAUAAAAUUUAUUUAUUUUUCAAAUUGUUAUCAAAACAAAAUGAAAACAAUUUUGAAAAAAAUAACACAUAAAUAACCCUGUAGAAAACUUGUUUUUUCACGGUUCCAGGCUCCAAGUUCGUCCACUCAUCACAAACAUUUACCAGUUGGAAAGAAACGACAAAGUGUAUAUCCAGAAAGUAUGUAGAAUUCAAAUUUUCAAAAGAAAACAUCAUUUUUUAGUGUCUUUGGAACAUUUGGCAUCAGUUUAUGAACGAAGUGGUAGUGUUGGACAAAGUGAUAGUGGACCAAAAAGAUUAUUUAUGAAUCACAAUGAAAGAAGAAAAUCAAGAAUGAUUGAUUUUGAUUUGUAUAAUGAAAGUGGUCCAAAGAAUACUAGAAAAUCAUCGGAAGAAAAAGAAAAAACAUCAGAAACUGAACAUGAAACUAUGUGGAUGUAA